UUUCCGACAUGAAGCAUGCAUGUGUUCUUCAUAUUUUCAAUCAUUAUAUUUUUGUUUAUCAUUUAUACAUCCACGGAGAUGACAGGAGUAUGUUCAAAUGUGUCAGACAGAAGCCUCUUGAAGUGCUGUCCAAACUAUCGUCUUGUUGGGAGCUCCUGUGAAGAGUGUUGGUCAGGAACUAUCGGGAUAAAUUGUAAGGACAACUGUCCUCCAAAUUACUAUGGCAGAUUAUGCUUAGAAAAAUGUGGCUGUCAACCAUGUGAUAGAGUCAAAGGAUGCUUAAAUUUAACGGAUAAUUCUAGUCCGGCGAAUUCUGCAUUAUGGAUUACAUUGUCCGUUUUGGCUUCUUGUAUCGUACCCUGUUUCAUUUUUUGUCUAAGAAUCUUCUGCAUUCUAAGACAACGGAUGCUGACUAAAAAACCUUCUGAUCUGGAUGAAUAUGGUUCCAAAAAUGAAAUGGCUCCAAUAGAAAAUAGUAGAUAUAGUAUAUCGAAAACGCCGAGGACAAUUGAUUUAUCUCAAACGAAUGACACAGAAACAAGCUACGGCAAAUGUCAAACUACAGUUUCAAACAACAUGACAGAAACAACCUCACGAAAUGAUUAUGGAUGUGACGACUCUAUGGAUGGAACUUACAACAUUCUAAAACUUACAGUGUCGGAUAAAAAUGACCACAUGCAAAUCCCGAAUAAGUGUUCAACUCCUUUGGAAAUACAAAACAUGACAAACGUAAAGGAAGAUACAUCUCAUGUGGCGUCCUCAGUUUCAAACAUUGUUAAAACAGAGAAGCUUGAAUCAAAACCUUCAAUCCAUCAAGAGAAAAGGAAACAUCAGAAGGAAUUAUUACGGGCACUGGAUGAAUUCAAAAAGGGAAGCACUAGAGAUAGGAAAAAACUAAGGUAUAGCUUUACAAAAUCAACAGAACUGUUCUAAUAUAUACUUCACGCGUUAUUUCCUCUUUGUGAAUUGAUAUUGAUAUCAAAUUACAGGAAUGUUUAUAUGAAAUGACAUAUGUUAUAUACAUAACAGUAACAGUAACAGUGUUCACUAUUUUGAAAACAUCAGGUGUUUUAAGGAUGUCCUAUGAUGCUAUUCAUAGACAUUAUAUCAGAUUGGUACGUGUAUGUGCAUAAAGUUAAUGAAUGUGAGAAAAAAAUGUUAGAUUGACUCGUGAUUCAUUUAUAUUUUUCUCAAGGAACAAAUUGAUGGAAAACAUGGUUAAUUAAUGUAAAGUAUAAAGUACCUAUUUUUUCAUCGAAAAAAAUGGAUCUCUCAACACUGUACUUCAUCUAAAUAUCACCAUUUUCAAACAUAUGAUAGCAAUUGUUUAUACUUUGUAAAGACAUCGUUUACUGUAUUGUAAGACAUUUCGUUACGUUUUACAAACUAAGAUUUGUUUGUGCUUUUGUUGAAGAUCAUUAAAAAUAGUUUAUUAUAAAGGAAAAAAAUCAUUUUGAUCUAUGGAACAACGUUUUUAUUUUCAAAUUUUAUCAAUGUAACGAUGUAUACAUAACUGAUACAAUAAAACAAUAUAUGAACGUAAUAUAUAGAUUUGAGCUACUAAGAAUGAGCCAUCACCACCCUUACAACAUUUAAAGAAUCAACGAAUAAUGAAGUCUGAUAGCGAAAUUUUAACAGCUGGUGCAAUACAAACAAUUCCUUUGUAACAUAUAAUACUAAAAUCUAACAAAUAACAUAUCAGAUUUCCAAACAUGAAUUAAUGGAAACAAAACAGAAACAUUAUUGCGUUAUUAAAACUUACAAUGCACCAUA